UUGAGAGAGGGAUGGAAACCUGGCUACGCGCACUUUACAUUAAUCUGGUGAGGGCUGUUGAUGGAGGUAGUCGCCAUGGCCUCAACAGCAUUGUCGCCACUUCCUCACCACACAGCCACCACUAUUCAAGACCAACGUCCUUCCUCUCGCGUUUCUCUUCCACACCCACCUGCCGUCCUCCUCGAGAGGUGCAAGACUCUUGACCACGUCCUCCAAGUCCAUGCCGCUGUCGUCAAGCAAGGAUUGGUGCAAGACGAUCUUUUGAUGUUCAAGCUUCUCCGCUCCUACUCGAAUUCUGGGAGCACCCGACUCGCCCACCUCGUUUUCGACCGUAUAGCAGAACCGAACGUCUUCUUCUGGACGGGCCUCAUCCGGUCUUACUCUGUUAAUGGUCACCAUCCUCAAGCUAUCUCUUUGUAUUACCAGAUGCAGGGACGUGGGGUCCAGCCAAAUGCAGUCACUUUGUCUACGGUCUUGAAGUCGUGUUCCGUGGAUUUCGCAUUGAGAGAUGGGGAAUGCAUUCACGGGCAUGCGCUGAAGUUGCAGCUCGUUUCCGAUGUGUUUGUGAAGUCCGUGUUGAUCGAUAUGUAUGCAAGGUGUGGACGAGUUCAGUCUGCACGCCAAUUGUUUGACGAAAUUACAGAAAGAAAUGUGGUCGCUUGGACUGCCAUGAUCACGUGCUAUGCGAAAUUGGGUGAUGUUGAUGUAGCGCGUAUGCUGUUUGACAAAAUGCCUGAGAGGGAUGUGGUGUGCUGGAAUGCCAUGAUUGAUGGUUAUACCCAGCAUGGCAAGUGCAGCGAGGCGUUGGCUCUGUUUCAAUCGAUGUUGAGGGAAUUUAAUAUGAAGCCCAAUGAGGUGACAAUGCUUUCGGUUAUAUCAGCCUGUGCCCAGUUGGGUUCUAUUGAGUCUGGAAGAUGGGUUCAUUCGUAUGUUAGGAAUAUUGGGCUUCAUACGAGGGUGCGUGUGAACACGGCUUUGAUAGAUAUGUACUGCAAGUGUGGUGAUUGGGAUGAUGCUUGCUAUGUCUUUGACAAUAUGCAGGAGAGGGAUAUAGUGUCUUGGAAUGCCAUGAUUGCAGGCUAUGCCAUGCAUGGCAAGAGCAAAGAGGCUUUGCAGCUGUUCUCAGAGCUGACUGAAUUAGAAUUUCAACCAACUGACAUAACCUUCAUUGGGUUACUGAAUGCAUGUAGCCAUGCAGGUCUUGUCAAUGACGGGCGCAAGUUUUUUGAGUCCAUGAGGGAUAAGUUUGGGAUUGAGCCGAAGAUUGAGCAUUAUGGUUGCAUGGUGGAUUUACUUGGCAGGGCUGGACUAUUGGAUGAAGCUUACGAACUUGUAAAGAGUAUGCGAAUUGCACCUGAUCCUGUUCUUUGGGGAAGUUUGCUUGGUGCAUGUCGACUUCAUGGUAAUAUUAAGCUUGGUGAGCAGAUAGCUUCAUUUUUAAUGGAGAAUGGCCUUGCUAAUUCUGGGACUUAUGUUCUCCUUUCAAACAUGUUUGCUGCUGCUGGCAAUUGGAAAGAGGCAGCAAGAGUGAGGACUCUAAUGAAAGACAGUGGGGUUCAUAAAGAACCAGGCUGUAGUUCAAUUGAAGUGAACAAUAAAACCCAUGAGUUUCUUGCAGGGGAUAUGAACCACCCAAGAUGCAAGGAGAUCCAUAUUAUGUUGGAUAAACUAAAUGAAUUGCUAAAGUUAGAAGGAUAUGUUCCACAAACCGAGAUCGUGUUGCAUGACAUAGAAGACAAGCAUAAAGAGCAAUCACUUGCCAUUCACAGUGAGAGGCUGGCUAUUGCUUUUGGACUUAUUAGCACUGAACCUGGGACUACCAUUAAAAUUGUUAAAAAUCUUCGUGUCUGCGUGGAUUGCCAUACUGUUACUAAAAUGAUUUCCAAGAUAACUGGUCGUAAGAUUGUUGUCCGAGAUAGGAGUCGAUUUCACCAUUUCAUUGAUGGGACUUGCUCAUGUGGAGAUUAUUGGUGAGUGUAGUAUCAAAGCUUGACCUCACUAGCUGCAUCAUUGCCCCAAGCGCAAAGAUCAAAAGCUUGUAUCGUCUGUACAUUGAAGUGCUGAUUUGCGCAUCUUCAAGUAUCGGUUUUCCAUUUCAUAGACGGGACUUGUGCAUGUUGAGAUUACUGAUGUGAAAUGAAAUGGAUCCUAAAUGCUGCUUGGCUUGCCUAUCAAUUCCCCUGCUGCCUGUGUUUGGAGGUGCGUAUGUUAUCAAUGUCCAAUUCUUGAUGAUUGCAUCAAUGUAAAUUAUUUUCUGUAUGUAACCCAAGGGAUCUUAUUUUUCACUAUCACGUGCUUGCGCAUAUGUAUUCAAUAAAAACUUCAGAUAGGAAUUUUUCACAACCAGAAAAGAGGUGAUAUUUGUGUUCUGGAAUGGAAAUUGACGUUUAUGAUUGCUGUCCAAAAAUCCCUAAGGGCCAUCUACAAAAUGUGAAAGGUACGAGUCAUUCCUCUAGUAUCUGCGUCUACAUGAGUUCUACAUUCUGCUGUCCUGUAACAUGAAUUUCCCGUGAAUGGAUUGCCAAGAACUCUCCUUAACCAAUCAUUUGAUGAUCAGUAGUGACAGUCUCUCAUGGAUUCAAGCUAUCGGCAUGAGGUGACUGUAAAGAACCACCAUAAUGUCUUUAUAACUAAGGCUGUUUCAACUAAUUACUUAGGAUAAGACUGAUAUGACACAGAAAUCACAAGACAUCAGGCCAUGCAAAUAAUAUUGCAUUUAUGUUGCCAAAAUGGCAACAAUGCAAGGCAAGGGAGGAAGCCGUUAUUUAAAUAAUUUUGAAACAGAUUCUGAAAUAAAUCCUCUUAUAACUGCCCUAUGAUUUGGGGAGUAAUUCUUGCUUAACGUUGUAAUCAAAGUCUACGUAUAUGAAAUGCCUUAACACUAUUGACACAAGGUCGGUGAUGACCUUCCAUGGGUAAAUAAAUGGCCCACAUUAAAAUCAUUUUAUUUGCUAAUUUUUCAUUUUUCAACAUGGUAUGAAGCAGGUUGCUUGCUGAAGAAGAUCGGAGCCUGAAGAUAGCCUGCAGACCAAGGAGAUCGCUGCCUUCUUCACCAAAUCAAGGACUUGACCCGGUUUUGAUCAAAAUCUUCAAGGAGCAAAUUUGGCUUUUCGGAUCGGCACCAGAGUGAUGGCGCGAUUGACGUUUGUAAAAAAAAUGCAGAAAACUUGGACUAUCCAUUCCACCGUGCAGUUUGAGGGAGGAUGUAAACAACCAAUAUCACGUCUUUAUUUCAAUUCAUUAAUUAGGACAAGGCUGAUAUCACACAGAAAUCACAAGAUAUCUAGCGAUGCAAUAAAAUUGCAUCUAUGUGACCAAAAUGGUAAUGCAAGGCAAAGGAGGGACCCAUUAUUCAAAUAUUUUAAAAUAGAUUCUGAAUUAAGUCCUCUUUUAACUGCUCCUUGAUUCGGGCAGUAAUUUUUGUUUAUCUUUGUAAUCAAAGUGUAUAUAUAUAUAUGAAAUGCCUUAGCACUAUCGACUUAUACUCGAAGUCGAUGGUGGCCUUCUGUGCUGUGAU